AUGAUGGCCUUCUUCGAGAAUCCAUUACCGGGUGUGCACAUCUAUCCAAUGGACAUUAGCCGGUUCCAAGUGCGGAUGGAGGCGCCCUCGGGUACUCCGUACCAGGGCGGAAUCUUCGAGUUCCUGCUGCAGUGCCCACGUGAUCACCCGAUGCGGCCGCCGCGCGUUCGCCUCACGAAUCCCGACGAUGGAGCCAUCAAUCCGAACCUGCGCAGAAGUGGGAAAGUGUGCCUCGACAUUCUGGGCACCACGAACACGUCGACGUGGAGCCCCACGCAAAGCAUCUCGAGCGUGCUCCUCGCGACCCAGUCGCUGCUGACGGAGGCACCAUUAUUUUCUUGUCUCUGGCAGGCGGGAAAAAAUGCCAAGGUGAAAAUCGUUAUUCUGAACGUGCGCUGA